AUGCCCAAAGGGCGGCGCGGCCACUGCGUCAUCGCAGCGCCCUCCGGCGCCCUCGCCUCCCUCGACGCGCUCAUCACCGACCACGAGCUGCCGAUACAGAGCUGCUUCGAGGCGUGCUCGUCCUCCCUCUUCUGCAUCGCGCUCGAGUUCUCACCCGCCAACGCGUCCUCCUCCGCGCUCGCGGACUGCCGGCUCGUCAAAGGGCCCCUCUCGGUCGAGGCGGUGGCGCCUUCCGACACCGCCGCCUGCUACGUGCGGCGCAAGCUGCUCGGGGUCGAUAGGGACGCGCCACUCUCGCCGGCGCACCCCGCGGCCGACAAGGAGGACCCGUCGUCGACGGGGCCCGACUUUGGCGAGCCGCGCGCCCCGCUUGGCGCGUCGGGCCAAGGCAGCGUUGCCUUCCACACGCUGCUGGCUCACUCGCAGCAGCAGGCGGCGGCGAGGACGGAGCGAUUCUCGAGGGCCGAGGCCGCUAAGCCCGCGGCGGCCGACGUGAUCGGCGAUAUCCUCGCCCGUAGCCGUGCCUCCGGGCGACACGCCGCGCCCUCGGCCGGCUAA